UCACCGUUAGUAACCUUUGCUGUGAACUCUCGCGAUAACUUGAUGGGAACGCCACCAGGCGAAGUCAACGAGAGGCGCUCGUGUUGUGCUGAAAGCAGCGAUGGGAGAAUAACGAGCUUUUCUUCCUUUUUACACACUAACCACUAAAAAUGAGUUUGUGGCGUUUUGUUCUCGUAGCAAAGCCCCCCUUUCAAAUGGUCUUUCAUGUUCUUUUCUUCACAUUGGUUGCUUAAAGACUUCCAGCUGGCGAAUCGCAUCAGUUGGCCCGGAGGGUCCUCGUCACCCUCUGCUCCCUUCACGUCAGCUCUUGAAAAAAAAUGACCGGAGAAAAGAUCCGAUCUCUGCGGAAGGACCAAAGACCCAGUUCGGACGAUGACUUGCUGGAACCGGACGAAGAGACAGCUACUGGGACGUUCACCGCCUCCAAGACGAACAACAAGAGCAGGGCGAGUCGAAUCUUCAGCAACCACAAGUUGGUCAAGUCGGCGUCCACGCAGCAACAGCAGAAACCGAACCAACAUGUCAAUGCCAACAACACGCUGUCUUCAGCAGAUGUCGUUGACGACAGCAACAAAAACCCCAUUAUCCGAGGUGGACAAGAUUUUCCGGUCCACGAAUGUGUGUUUAAAGGAGAUGUGCGACGCCUUUCGUCGCUAAUACGGACCCAAAACAUAUCCCAAAAGGACGUCCAUGGAAACACACCAUUGCAUCUAGCUGUCAUGAUGGGGCACAAAGAAUGUGCCCAUCUGUUGCUGGCCCACAAUGCACCAGUGAAGGUGAAGAAUGCUCAGGGAUGGAGCCCCCUUGCAGAGGCUAUUAGUUAUGGAGACAGACAGAUGAUAACUGCACUGCUGAGGAAGCUGAAGCAACAGUCCAGGGAGAGUGUGGAGGACAAGAGGCCAAAGUUGUUAAACGCACUGAAAGAGCUUGGAGACUUUUACUUGGAGCUUCACUGGGACUUCCAAAGUUGGGUGCCUCUGCUCUCCAGAAUUCUACCUUCUGAUGCAUGUAAGAUCUACAAACAGGGACUCAACAUUAGACUGGACACCACCUUGAUAGACUUCACGGAUAUGAAGUGUCAGCGCGGUGACCUUAGUUUCAUUUUCAACGGUAACGCCAUCCCUUCGGAGUCCUUCGUGGUGCUGGACAAUGAGCAAAAAGUCUACCAGCGGAUACACCAUGAGGAGUCAGAGAUGGAGACAGAAGAGGAAGUGGACAUUCUGAUGAGCAGUGACGUGUACUCGGCCACGCUCUCCACAAAGUCAAUAACCUUCUCCAGAGCACAGAGCGGCUGGCUCUUCAGAGAAGACAAAACGGAGCGUGUUGGAAACUUCCUAGCUGACUUUUACUCAGUGAACGGCUUGGUGCUGGAGUCCAGGAAGAGGAGGGAGCAUCUGAGCGAGGAGGACAUUUUGAGGAACAAAGCCAUCAUGGAGAGUCUGAGCAAAGGAGGGAACCUCAUUGAUCAAAACUUCGAGCCUGUGAGGAGACCAUCGCUAACUCCCCCUUCACCCAACACCAUAUCUUGGGAAGAGUACAUCACUGCUGACAAUGGAAAAGCUCCUCAGCUGGGCAGAGAACUGCUCUGCAAAGAGAGCAAGAAAAACUUCAAGGCCACCAUAGCCAUGAGUCAACACUUCCCCCUGAGCAUUGACUCGUUGUUGAAUGUUCUGGAGGUGAUCGCACCCUUCAAGCACUUUAAUAAACUCAGGGAGUUUGUGCAGAUGAAGCUGCCUCCUGGCUUUCCUGUCAAACUCGACAUCCCAGUCUUUCCUACCAUCACAGCCACCGUGACGUUUCAGGAGUUUCGCUACGACAGCUUUGACGAAACCAUUUUUACUAUCCCCAGCGAGUACAAAGAGGACCCCAGCCGCUUCCCGGACCUCUAACCCACCCUUCAACGGGCUGCUGGGAAGGACGUUUAUGUGGCAACAUUACACGACAAAAACAUCAACUCUUCCCUGAUAACCUUACGUUCACCGACUUCUCCCUUACCUCAAAUACUGUAGGUAAACGUCUCCACAGCCAGCUGGACAAAGGAAUGUAGCUGGGAUGAUGCUGAGUACAGUAUUUAAAGCCAUGUUUCCACCAAGUGGGAUAGGAAGGAUAUGGCUCGAUAGGUUGACACCAUUGUAGUGCGACACAAUGUAACUAUUUACAACUGUACUGUAUUUAAUGGUAUCUUCUUCUUGCCAUAUGGAUGACAAGCUUUGUGAGGGGGGAAAAAAGCACAAUUUGUGUUGUUCUUAGUCAACCAAUCAGCAAAGUGCAUUGCAUUUAGCUCCACCCUUUAGGUACUAUCCCACUGUGGCAGGGUAUGCUGAAAAGUUGUACAGUGCUUAUCACUUUUUUAAUACCCUUCCCAUGUUUGAUAAGCCAAACAGUACUACUUGGUGGAAACAGGUGUUGCUUGUCUAAGUUUGUAAAUGGCGUGUGUGUUAAGUGAGGGGUUGUGAAACACCGAUUUUGACUAAGACAAGUGUGUGUGUGGUCCUGGCCUGCUAACUCACAGCAAUCGUAUGAUGCAGAGUUGUAUAUAAGCGAAUACAUGCUUAGCUUUGAAAGAAUUUGUCCUUUUUUAUGUAUUUAACAUUUAGGCAGUUCCCCAGAUGCACUCACAAUCAUUACAAUACAAGUCACUGCACAGGGCGUUUCCCCAAAAUAUGACAUCAUUUCACAGUAUAAUAACAUACUAAAGUCUUGCUCAAAUUAUGUCAAAUUUUAACGAGAUGUGUAAAAACUAACCAAGUUUGUUAAACUUCAGUUUAGUGUUAGUUUGUUUUUUUUAUUUUUUAAGGGUGAGGAAUGCUAUUCACUAGCAAUGAAACGGCAUUUCGUGUUAGAAUAUGACCGAGGAAAAAAAAAAAAAAAAAAGUAAACCAAUAGUGCAGUGUGAUUUUUGAGGAAAUUCAAUAAAAAUACACUGACUGGGAAGUGGAUUUGGAUAGAGCACAGAGUCCUAAUGGGUAAAGGAAAACAUGUCACAAGCAGUAUACAUAAUAUUUGUAAAGCUUUCCAAAACUGAUUAUUCAAUUGACAGUUUAUCUGGUUGAAUAUGAUGUUGGAAUUUUGAUGAAUCUUCUAUAUUCAAUGUGAAGCCUAUUUAAUUUUGUUUGCCUGGGACAUGUAGUUAACUCGGAUAUUGUUCAAAUGAUGUCAAUUUUUGAGGAACAUCGUGUACUCGUUAUUUUUAUUCAUCCGUUUUCAUGGAAUUCACUAAAUCGUUUGGCACAUCCACUGCAGUUUUUUUUUGCUUUCAGUUCCUAAAUGCACAACUCUAAACCUUGAAAUAUGGCAUUUCAAAAGUUCUUACUGUUAUCGAUGCUGCAAAUUUUUUUAUGGUACCAGGUAGUCUGUUUUUUUAUAUCAUCUUUAUUAACUCCAAAACUGGGAUUGUAUAAUGAGUAGGUGUUGUAGGGAAUGAUGAUUAUUAUUUUUUUUUUUAAAUCUUCAACAAAAGCCUUUCUUCUGAACAAUCUGUACAUGUUCUCUGAAUCGAAGUUUUUUUUCCUCUGGUAUGUGUCCUUUUGUGUUCAGCUCAACAAGUUGUGCAUUUAAAAAAAAAUUAUUUUUGUCACAUGACUUGAUCCAACAAUAUAUUGGAUUGUAACAUGGUGGAAGUUGCUAUUUUUGUAUAUAGAUGUUUUUAAAGAAAAUGUAUCUUAACUCUGA